AUGGUCCGCGCCAUAGGCCAUGGCGCCGAGCUCGGCGCCAAGAUCUAUGGCGUGGAGGUCGACGCCAAGAUCUGUAGCCCCGAGCUCAGCGCCAUGGCCUAUGGCACCGACCGCCAGGGCGAGCCGCUGCAUCGGCGCGGCGUCCGACUCCAGUUUUCGCACCAUCAACCUCACGCAGCAAGGGGCGCCGUCUCCGUUUCGGAUUUCACCCCACGGGCUCGGAAUUCCUCGCCCCACGCCUCCUCACGCCGACGCUCAGGUUUUCUUGUCGAGGGUGACGAGGCCAGGUCGAGCCACUACAUCAUGACGACGUCGUCCGGCUCCAGCUUUCCCGCAGUCGACCUCAUGCAGCAAGGGGCGCCAACUCCGUGUCGGAUUUCCGAUUUCGACCAGCAGGCUCGGACUCCCCCGUAUUUAUCUCGCCAGGUGAGCCAACGGUGGUUCCAACUGUGA